CAUAUAAAAGCCUCCCUCUCUCUCUUUCUCUCCCCAUUAUUUAACACAUACACACGCUAUACAACACCACCAACUAGAUUUUCAUUUUUCUUCUUUUUUUUCUCUCCCUGAAACGACGUCGUAGUGAGAAUAUGAGCGACGACGAGUGGGUUAAGGAGGCCAUGACCGACGACACGGUGGUGGUGGAUUUGCUGUUAAGGCUCUUCCAAGCUCAGCCUCCUCUGCCGAAGCCUGUUCAGGCUGUUCUCCGCCUCGGCUGGACUGUACGCCAGCGUCGUUCCAAGUCGGCGCCCAGACACGGUGACUCCACCACCACGAAGAAGAAGAAGGCCGAGCCUGCGCGAGCUAGUCCUACCACGCCGCUGUCAUGGAGCGGCGCCACCUCUGCCAGCGGCGGCGCUCUCGAUGGCUUUGAGGAGUCAAGCCGUCUUUCCAAACCGACUGAAAGCUCGAGAUCUAAGGUAGCUGUUAAUGGCGAAACGAACUCCAACAAGAGGUCAAGAAAGAGAAAGUCGCUAGCUGAACUUAGAGAGGAGGAAAGUUUGCUAUUGACGGAAAGGAUAAAUUUGAAAAAUGAACUGGCAGCUUUGCGUCUCAGUCUUGAGAAACAGAGAGCUACAAAUGACAGUUUGAAGAGAAUUAAGCAUGAUCUGCAGUCACAGCAGAACGAAAAAACAACAACUGCUAGUGCUAUGGCAUCUGUGGCAGCCAUCUCUGAUCGACCCCAGAAAAUUGAAGAAGUUUGUGAUCCUGCUGCUUCAAUCUUUCCAACAGGUGUUGCAUGCAAUGAUGUUGAUACUGUACCACAUCCAGGUCAAUCAAAAAUAGAGGAGGUCAAGGAGUCUGAAACGUCCUUCGUGUUACCUGAUCUAAAUCUUCCUUUUGACGAUGACUCCAGAAUGAGCUGAGAAGAACCAGAUGUCACUGUCGAUAUUCUGUUUUCCUAAUUAAGCGGGAUCAAGAUCAUUAACUUCAUUUAUGCUUAAUAAGUAAUUGAAGCAGUCUAACCAUGUUUUAGGUUGAGUUAUCAUAAUUGUAAGUAAAAAAAAAAAACCAUUUACCUUCACCGCUUCUUGACAUGAAGGUGCGGAUUUGUCAUUUUAUACAUGGAAGGUACCGAGGGUAGUGUAGAGAUCCUAACCCAUUAGUUACAGUUACCUUCUUUCUUCGCGGUUUCUACAAUAGUCCAAAAUUCUUUUGGGGCCAACCCUCAAUUCCUUCUGUUUCCUCUCUUAGGAAAUAUUUACCGAUAAGGUGUAACUAUUCUAUAGACAAUUAAAUGUUUGUUUUCUUUUAGUAGAACAAUUUGAAUCUAGUUUGAAAGUA